UGCAGCUCAGAAACGAACCAUGAAGCGUCUCGCUGUCAAGUGGCGAGGAAAAAUGAAAAUAACGAGAGGCAGCGCAGACUGCCUCCGCUGCUGUAGCCUCUUUGAGCGUGUUUCUCAGCGUUACGUAGAGCAGAGCGUGCUGCCGGCGGGGGUUUCUUCUUCCGUGUGAAGCACUGGUCCUGCGCUGUCGACGGCUCCAUCACAGCGUCGGCUGUCGGUCUGCUCCGUUCUCCCGUCUCUCGGAGCUAGCUAGCUGGCAGGCAGCAGCUCCAGCGACACCUCAGCUGGAACAAGGACCCUGACGUCUCUGGUGUUUACGCCCCCAUUAACGCAUCGAGGCACAAUUGGCCUUGAGGCUGCAGUCUGAUGGAGGAGCGGUUGUCUAGGUCUGUGAAGAGGCGCCAUGUUUCCUUGUCAUGUAACUCCCUGGCACUCUGCUGAGUCCUCGGCGGCCUGCGCCAGUCAUGCACCGUCAGUGCAACAACCUCUCCCUGAUCUGCUGUGCAGCUGUCCCGCUCCACCUUUGAACGCCCACUCCGACACGCCGCCCCCAGACCCCAUGGAGUCCCUCAUUGUGAUCACGGAGUACGAACCCAGUCAUCCACCUGGAGAGGCCGGCGAGGAAGAGGUUGAAGAAAUGGACAGCUCUGAGACGCCCGAACCCGCGUCCUCGGCAGCGGCACCUUUCCGGACUCCGUCCUGCGACCUGCUGUCCCACACAGUUGGCCGUUCUGAGGUUCUGCUGCCUGUAAGCCAAGAGCAAAGGGGUAGAUUAAGUUUGUCGGACCGGAAGCUCUCUCUCCAGGAGCGUUCGCACAAUGCCACCUCGCCCUGCAGCUCCCCUGGACUUAACGGGCGCUACAUUUACCCGUCGUUACCUUACUCUCCCAUCACGUCGCCCCACUCCUCUCCACGCCUGCCCCGCCGGCCCACCGUGGAGUCCCACAGUGUCUCCAUCACAGACCUCCAGGACUGCGUUCAGCUCAACCAGUACAAACUGAAGGAUGAGAUCGGAAAGGGCUCUUAUGGUGUUGUCAAGCUUGCGUACAACGAGGAUGACAACACGUACUACGCCAUGAAGCUGUUGUCCAAGAGGAGGCUGUUGAGGCAGGCAGGCUUCCCACGGAGACCACCUCCUCGUGGAACUAGAGCAGCCCCUGAGGGUCCCGCUCAGCAUAAAGGGCCACUGGAACGAGUUUAUCAAGAGAUAGCCAUUCUCAAAAAACUAGACCAUCCCAAUGUAGUUAAACUAGUAGAGGUUUUGGAUGACCCCAGCGAGGACCAUCUGUACAUGGUGUUUGAGCUGGUGAAGCAAGGGGCUGUGAUGGAGGUGCCAACUGAUAAACCCUUCAGUGAGGACCAGGCCCGUUUUUACUUCAGGGAUCUGCUGAGAGGAAUCGAGUACUUGCAUUACCAGAGGAUCAUCCACAGAGACAUCAAACCCUCUAACCUGUUGGUGGGAGAAGAUGGACACAUCAAGAUUGCAGACUUUGGUGUUAGUAACCAGUUUGAAGGGGCUGACGCCCUGCUAACCAGCACGGUGGGAACACCUGCCUUCCUGGCUCCUGAAACACUUUCUGAGACCAGAAAAAAUUUCUCUGGGAAGGCGUUGGAUGUCUGGGCUAUGGGAGUGACGCUUUACUGCUUCGUCUUUGGCGUGUGUCCUUUUAUGGAUGAGCGCAUCCUUAGUCUACAUCAAAAGAUCAAAACCCAACCUGUGGUUAUACCAGAACGUGCCGAGAUAUCAGAUGACCUCAAAGAUUUGCUGUUGAAAAUGCUGGACAAGAAUCCAGAGACCAGGAUAUCAGUGACACAGAUAAAGGCACAUCCGUGGGUGACGAAGCACGGUGCUGAGCCUCUUCCUCCUGAGGAUGACAGCUGUUCACUGAUUGAGGUCACGGAGGAGGAAGUGGAGAACUCUGUUAAACACAUCCCAAGCCUGACAACAGUGAUCCUGGUCAGAACCAUGUUGAGGAAGCGCUCCUUUGGGAAUCCCUUUGACUUGAGCCGGAAGGAGGAUCGCAGCAGUUUGUGCGCUUCAGCGCAGACGUUUACGAAACAAGAGGGCACUGAUGGUGUGAGAAGCAUGGACCUGCCCUACGUGGGAGAAGAUGAGACUCUUUCCUGAUACGAACAGCGUUUUAUGCACACCGAUCUCUUCCUGCCUGUAACUGCACAACACGACACCCCUUUACUCUUUUAAACCGACCGUCAACUCUUAUGGACGUCACCUUUUACGUUGGAUGUGAAGAACUUUAAAAAGAAGGGACUAACUCAUGAACUGAAGCACUUUGGUGGCGAUCUCGUGACGAUGAUCAUCUCUUCUUGUACAGCAUACUUUUGGGGUUUGUGACGGUCCUCUGUGAACCUUCCAGGGGAUUAACCCCCGUAAAACAUUGAAAUGACUCCUUUAUUCCCCCCCACUCAACCUACACUUCCCGCCCUCCUGUCCCGCAUGCAUUUAUAGUCUCAGCAUGCCUCGUCUCAGGCUUCAAUGGUCCAGUUUCAGGUUUUCAAUGUAGUUUCAUCUCUAGUUUCCCCUCCUUGUUUUUACUUGACAAAGCGUUCAGGUCUACUGAGCUGAGGAAAAAAAAAAAUGGGAAGGUUAUCUUCACCAUCACAGCUGACCUUCUCUUUGGCAGGAGUACACCUCCUGUUUGCGUGGCAGUGUCCAGUUUUGUUACAUAUAUUUAAGUAUGUACAGUUUACCAAAAAAAAAAAGGAAAAAGGGAAGUGAAAACAUGUUUACUUCAUUGAAUGCAUGCAUUUAUUUUACAAGCUAUUUAUCUUACUCAAUUCCCACACUUUGAGUUUCACGUGUACUGCUCAUAGACAGCUUUAAAUGAUUUAAAGUGGUUAAUAUAGUGCUGUGUGAACAACCACAUUUGUAUUUACUGCAAACGGAGGGGCAUAGGGGGAGAAAAAAAAAGGACCUUUAUAUCUGGUAAAGCUCUUAAUUUCAGUGAAGAGUUUCUGUUUUUAGGUGUUUACACUCAAUUUUAAAGCUCAGUGAGCUGCAGCAAGCUGAAAAUUAAAAGUCUGCCUGUAAUGCACGCGCGAACAGCAGAAUGUGUUGGUGCAAAGUCGUUGUUUCCUUAAAUACUUUAAACGGUGUUUCAUUGUGCUGCAGAGGCAGAGUUUCACACGUUCCUGAAGCAUGUUUUAUGAUUUACUUGAUGACAACAGAACCUCAAGUCAAAACCCACACCUUGUUUUAGCUUCGUUUCAUUUAGCUAGAUUCAUGUUAUUUAAAGACAAGAGGCCGCGUAAAUCAGUCGCGUAAGUUUGCAAAAAAAUUUGACAGACGUCGUCAAACUUAUUGUUGAGCUAGAAAAGCCGGCUGAUGAGGCAAAGUUGGGAGGGAAGCAUAGUGCCAACGCAGACUUUCUUCAAAUCUAUGCAGGUCCCAGUCACUCUGCAACAUAAUUUAUAUUUAUUAUCUGUUUUAUUUCAGAUACUAACGUAAUCUAAUCAAGAUGUUCACCUUCUUUUUUCCGGUUUCCCCCCUUUUCAUCUGGUCUUUACCUUUUUUUUUUCUCCAAAAACAUUAAUGUUGUAGAUAAAGUGACUGAAUGUGUGUCUAGUUGGCAUAGAUUAACUAGACACAAAACAGUGUUGAUGCUAACAUUUAAUGCUUCCAUAUGCUUUAGUUCAGCACUCAUGUGUUGAAUGUAUAAGAAAAGGGAAAUGACUUUUUUGUACUUGUACCUGCAUGUUUCUCUGAACUCUGUUGGUUUUUAAGACUCAUACUAUGCACAUUAAAUGUCUUUAUGGUGCAACUGUGCACCUCAUGGAGCACGCUCAAAUAGCUAGAACUUGGAUGAGAAAUUUCGAAAGACUUGUGAUUAAAAAAGGAAUGUCAUAAA